AUGCACAUUUUCGGUAAACAUCUCUUAUUAAUUUGCGAUCCUGAAAAAGCUGAACUUGUUUUAUCAUCAAAUAAACUGUUAAAUAAAUCUUGGGAAUACAAGUUUUUUCAUCGUUGGCUUGGAACUGGGUUAUUAACAAGUGGGCCUGAAAAAUGGAAAAAAACUCGAAAAAUUCUUACCCCAACGUUUCAUUUUCAAAUUUUAGAGCAAUACAUUAACGUUUUUAACAGUCAAAGUAACAUUUUUGUGCAGAAAUUAAAGAAUCACAUCGAUUCAGGAAGUUUUGAUGUUUACCCAUACGUCACCCUAUUAACUUUAGAUGUAAUUUGUGAAGCUGCAAUGGGAGUUAAUGUCCAUGCCCAAAACAACCAAAACUCAAAAUAUGUCCAAAGUGUACAAAAAAUGAGUCGAAUCAUAAAAAGACGAGUAAUAUCCCUUCAUAAAUUUAUCGAUUGGAUUUAUUAUUUUUCCUCGGAUUUUAAAAAAGAAGCAGAAGCUUUAAAAGUUUUGCAUGGUUACACAAACUCGGUUAUUUCAAAACGCAAAGAAGAACUUCUUCGUGAAAACUUUGUCAAUGAAAAUAAGGAAGGAAAACAACGAAUGGCAUUUUUAGAUUUACUUCUUCACGCGAAAAUCGAUGGGGUUCCUUUGAGUAACGAAGAAAUUCGUCAAGAAGUUGAUACUUUUAUGUUUGAAGGUCACGAUACAACAGCUUCAGCUGUAGCUUUUAGUUUGUAUUCUUUAUCACAAAAUUCUUUGGUGCAAACGAAAGCUUUUGAGGAACAAUAUAAGAUAUUUGGCGAUGACCAACAAAGAUGCGCUACUUAUAAUGAGUUGCAAAAUAUGAAGUACUUAGAAAUAGUUAUUAAAGAAGUUUUGAGACUUUAUCCAUCUGUUUUUUAUUUUGGGAGGGAAACUAUUGAAGAUAUAGAAAUUGAUGGGUUUCUAAUUCCAAAGGGCGUUCAUUUAGUUACUUUGGCUUACGGAAUUCAUAGAAAACCGGAAAUUUAUUUUGACCCUGAAAAAUUCGAUCCAAAUCGAUUUCUUCCUGAGAAUAACAUUAACCGACAUCCUUACAGCUUUGUACCUUUUAGUGCUGGACCUAGAAAUUGUAUUGGCCAAAAAUUUGCUAUGUUAGAAAUGAAGACUAUUUUAAGCACAACAUUAAGAAGAUACGAAAUUUUACCUGUUGAAAAUUUUAAACCAGCCAUUGCACCGGAUGUUAUUUUAAAAUCGAGGAAUGGUGUUAUGAUUUCUUUGAGGAAACGUUUAGUCAAUAAUAAUUCUUUGUAAAUUAAUUUUCUUGAAUUACAAUUAUUUCUUUAUUAUUGUGUCUAAAAUAAGAAGUAUCUAAAUCUGUUUAUGUUCUGUUUUUUAUUCAAUAUUUUUUAUUUUUUUAUAAAGCUUAUCUAUUUUCGACGUAUCUUUUCCACGUGUAUAAGUACAAGAUUAAACCUAAAAUUAAAUAAAUGAUUAACAUUGUAUGCCAUAA